AUGUUGGUGAUUGGUGCGAUGUCAUUGGACUAUUCAGAUUGUGGUACAUUCAAGAACAGCAUGUAUGGAAUGUAUAAUAUCAAGUCACCAAACGGCGUACAGCGCUGCAAUGUUGUGAUCGAGGACGACGAAGGCUUCCAGGAUUUAUAUUUGGGCGACGAUAUGGAAGAAGAACAGAUAGUGACCAAUGGCAAGACGACCACAUUUUACAAGUCGUCAACGACAACGACCACCACCAACACAAUGGCGACCAGAAGCACCAGCAGCGACGAUUAUAUUAGCGAGACCGAAACUCGCUCCACGACCACCACCACCUCGGGCGGAUCGGCCGGCGCCGGCUGGGAGGACUCAUUCAUGAAGUCGUUCUGGCCGUUCAAUUUUGGAUCGAGUGGCGGCAGUACGAGUGGCGCAACGACCAGAUCAAUGCCAUCGACAACAACCACAUCAACGACAAAGACUUCAACGACGACAACUGGAACACAUUAUUCCAACUUUGAUGAUCUGUCAUCAUAUUAUUCAUACUUCUACAAUAAGCCAUCGCGGACCACAACCAAGACCUACUCGACCCCAAACCUCACGCCAGAGGAGCAGGAGUACAUGGACCCGGAUCUGUCCUCGGGCGAACCGAUUGGAAACACAACACUCUAUGUUGAUAUUGAGAAAUCAGUCAAUGUUAGGUCAAACAUCACAGUUGGCAACAAGUCCACGAUGAUACUCAAGUGCUCGGGCGGCACCUGUCUGACAUCCAAUCGACUCAACGUGUAUGGAUCGAUCAACGCCAUCCAGCAGACCAAGAUUGACAUUGCCAACGACAUAUUCUUCCGCGCCGGCUCAUUCUUCUCGGUGUUCAAUCGAACGACCAUCAACACAAAGAAUCUACGCAAUGAGGGAAUAAUGAAUAUCAACGCCAACACCAACAUCAAUUCAAAUGUCAACCUUGCCAACAAUGGAAGACUGUUCAUCAACAGUGCAUCGAUGUUUACCAUCCCGUUCUUUACAUCCAAUCGAGGUCAGAUCACGAUUGAUCGUGAUUCAACACUCACGACCACCAAUCCAUCAGUCCUAUCCAACAAGUCACAAUUUGCCAACUUUGGAUUGAUCACUUCCAACGACACAUUCAAAGUGACCUCCAAGUCCACCCUCUACUCCGAAGGUGAUCUAAACACAAGUGGUGUAGACAAUGAUGAUGGAUCAAUUGUAUUUAGGAAUGGCAAUUUGAAUGCCAAGGCCUACAAUUCCAACUCACAUAAUAUGUUUGAUGGUACAUCAUUGUCCAUUCAAUCAAUGUUCUUGGAUGCAUUGUCCACGUUUGAUUUGACCAAUGGAUUCCUCAAGUCAAACACUGGCAAUGGAAUACUCAGUGUUGGUGGCAGACUGAAUAUGACCAACUCAACAACAAACAUCAACAGUGGAUCAUUCAGUUUAUUCUCAACAGCUCGUCUACAUCUCAAUGGUGGCAAGCUCAUUGCUACAUGUCAAGAUCUUAUGAACAUGACCGACACUAGCAUGAUGAACAUGGAGAAUGGAUCAGAAGUGGCCAUUGAUGGUGCCUUCCUGUUGGACAGUGGCACCAGCAUUCAGUCCGCAUCAAGUAUGCUCAAACUAUUAUCCGGUGUCAAGUCAAUGCUUGGUGAUAUCAACAUCAAAGAGAACUCAAUGUUGUUGGUCGAUAACAAGUCCAAGGUAUCAGUGUUGGGCAAUCUCAAUCUGGCCUUCUCCGCUGGACACGCGGCAUCUGGUGAUGUGGACAUCCAAGGUGCACUCAACAUCCGUUCGAGUCUUUUCAACAAUAGUGAUUUGCUCUCGGUCAAUGGUAUCCUGUCACUUAAUGGUGGCAGUAUAUUCACCAAUCAUGGAUCAGGACAAGUCAACAUCAAUGCCAACAUCCUCACCGACUCAAAGGACAACUCAAUCAACAAUCUCGGAUCAUGGUUAUUUGGCAACAACACCUCUCACUUUAUACAUGAAUUUGUUAAUAGUGGAGAACUUAAAUUGUUGAGCUCCAACUUGACAUCAAGUUUGUUCAAGUUGACUGAUGGUAUUGUGUCGUUGGCAAACUCAACAAUAACAUUGGAUCAGAACAAGACAGCAUUCCUUUUGAAUGGUGGAUUACUCCAAGGUCAUGGUAUUAUCAACGGUGACAUACUACAUGAAGCCGGUGUCCUUGGCUCACUCCUCUCCACAUCCCUACUCCACAUCACUGGCAACCUAAACCAAACAAUCAAUUCCCUGACCUCCAUAUUCAUUGAUCUUGAAGACCUACUCAAUCUCAAUCUUAACAUAUCACUUAAUAUACUUGGAUUGUUGAGAUUGAAUGGUAUACUCUCGAUCACACUCAAUAUCAAUCACUUGCCAAAGUUGGCAGCAAUGGGUGAUGUGUCGUUUAUGUCAUACCAGGCGGCAUCGGGCAACUUUACAAAGGUGCAGGUCAAGGUGUUCAAUCCAGAGACUAAGGAGGUGACCGAGGUGGACAAUAGUUGUCUGUCAUUGAAGCGCACCAAUACUGUAAUGAGUCUGUUGGUCACUAGUGAGAAGUCGUGUAUGCCCAAAGUACCAUCGAGUGAUAACAUCCAAAAGAUCAAACUGGCUGCUGGUGUUGUCAGUGCCUGUGUGGCCAUGUCCCUAGUCACAGGCGGCCUACUCUGGAAGCGACACUCCAUUGCCACAUUCCUCAAGAUACGUAGAGAGUCAUUGUUAAACUCAUCACAUGGCAGCAGUAGUAGACUCUAA